GUUCGCCGAGAUCGCCCGAGCCACCAGAUCGCUACAAACUCCACUGCAAAACAUCAGCUAUUAUGAUCAUGUCAAGCAAAAAGUAAUUGUAUCUUCGCCUGGCCCUUGCGCCGCCUCGAACUGUCCGGUUACUGUCACUUCAUAGGAUCGCGCACAAGUCUCACAACACCCAUGUCUCUGCGUCUUGAAAUUGAGCUGGACAAGCUCGACCCCGCGGUUCCAUUUCGCGCGUCGCGUAACCACCUUCAUCAUACGUGGGCGCGCACUUUCUAUACGUCUCCAGAGCUGUAUAUCCAGCCGGAAUCUCUCGAAGAAGUCCUGAAAGUUGUUACGCUCGCGCGAAGAUGUAGGCGCCGAGUCGUCGUCGUUGGCUGUGCGCAUUCGCCGAGCGAUCUGACCUGUUCGUCAUCAUGGAUAGUUAACUUGGACAAAUACAAUAACGUACUACGCGUGGACAAAGAUGCGAAGACCAUGACUGUACAAGGUGGAAUGAGGCUGGCAGAUUUCAACAGGAGGGCCGCUGAACACGGGCUCACAAUAAGGAAUCUUGGGAGUAUUGAUGAGCAAAGUAUUGUGGGCGCUAUCGCGACGGCGACCCAUGGCAGCUCUUUACAACAUGGUCUACUCAGUCAGAAUGUCAAGAGCUUGCGGAUUGUUUUGGCGAACGGGGGUUCUGUGAAGUGUAGCAAGGACCAUAACGAAGAGCUAUUCCGUGCGGCGCUGGUCUCUUUGGGUGCGCUGGGCAUUAUCGUCGAGGUAGAAUUCCAACUGCGCCAAACAACGAAUAUCGAAUGGGUGCAGUCGAUUGAACCUCUAUCUCUCGUCACAGGUACCUGGAAUACGGACCUUUGGACACAGGCUGAAUUUACACGGGUCUGGUGGUUGCCGUACUUGAAGCGUGCAAUCAUAUGGCGCGCAGACACGACCACGAAACCGCGACGCGCACCUGCUAGCAACUGGUAUGGCGGAUCUAUGGGCUACCAUAUAUAUCACAACCUGCUGUGGCUUUCAAAUUAUUUCCCCCGGCUUCUCCCCGCCAUCGAAUGGUUUGUCUUCGGCAUGCAGUACGGUUUCAGAAAUGGUACCACAGCGUCCGCCGUCGAGGAAAUGCGCUCUGGCUUGCUGAUGAACUGCCUAUAUUCCCAGUUUGUCAAUGAAUGGGCUAUUCCUCUAUCCAAAGGGCUCGAAGCGAUAGAUCGCUUGUCUGCAUGGUUGAAUGGCGACGAGGUAACGGCUGCCAUCCCUUUCUCAUCAGAGGGUCUCUGGGUUCAUUCGCCCAUCGAAGUUCGCGUUUCCGACACAUCUUCAGUCUCUCCGCGUCCGUUCCUUGAUCCAAGCUGCUCUUCUGAACCGACUCUCUACCUGAACGCAACGCUAUAUCGUCCAUAUCAUCAAGAUCCGCCCUGCCGCGAACGUUACUACGAAGCCUUCGAAUAUCUCAUGCGCUCUCUUGGUGGCCGUCCUCACUGGGCAAAGAAUUUUAACACCGUGACACAGACCGACAUCCAACGUAUGUACGGUGCGGACCUGAACUCCUACCUUAAAAUCCGCCAAGAAGUUGAUCCAGAAGGCAUGUUUGUGGGUGCAUGGCACAGACGCUUACUACUCGGCUCGCAAGAAACCCUGCUCGCAAGAAACGCCCUCAGUCUCGAGGAACGUGAAGUUGCACGCGAAAGUAGAAGAGGCGGAGGUAUGAAAUGGUAUGGUGAAGUGGUAGGCGGAAGUGAAAGCGUCCUCGGGAGUGCGACGAGUGAGGAGAGUUUUGACUUGAUGCAGGGUGCCGAGGCAGAGCAGAGUAUGCUUAUGUCGAAGAGCGCUUUUGUGCUCGAAGAGGUGGAUGGUGAUGAACAGGAUCAUGAGAAGGCAGAUUAGCGGCGAAGGGGCUUCGAAUGUCUCCGGACAAGAUGUAGGCAGUCUCGGGCCGCGACGGAACACCUCGAUUGACCAUAAGAACGUAAUGAGAAGCUGGAUUCGGGCUACUUACAACCCUCUGGAGUGACCAUGGUCUUUUCUCUUGGUCUUCACCCCUCAAUACAUUGAGGGACGUCGACAUCUUACGAGGUAGCCGGCUCAAAGCA